AUGGAGCCGGACAAUGCGCCGGAGAUAUUCGCGGCCUUCUUCGAAGGUUGGCUGGUGAGGCAGGAGCAGUACCUGGAGGAGCUCCAGACGGUGAAGCAGAAGAUGGGGGAUUUGAGGGAGGACGACCUCCGGGACCUGGUGAACCGGGUCCUGACCCACUACCAGCACUACUUCGAGGAGAAAUCCCGGGUCACCCAAUCCGACGUGUUCGUUCUGUUCUCGCCGCCGUGGUUCUCGGCGCUGGAGCGGAGCUUCCUGUGGAUAGCCGGGUUCAAGCCCGGGCUGGCGUUCCGGGUGCUGCGGGACUCGGUCAACGAUUUGUCGGAGGAGCAGGAGCGGCGGAUUGCGCGGGUCAGGGAGGAGACGAGGAUGGAGGAGAGGAUGCUCAACGACGAAUUGGCCAGGAUCCACGAGAGCGUCGGGGCCCCGCCGGUGAGCGGCUGGGGGAGGAAGCGCGGGAGGGUGGUUCUGGCGGCGGCGGCGGAUGAAGGGAGUGCGAAUUGCCCGGCGCCGGAGGCGAUUAGGUCGGCCCUGGAGAAUCUGGUCGGGAACGCGGAUACGCUGAGGACCAACACGGUGAUGAGAAUCGGUCAGGUACUGAGGCCGAAGCAGAACGUGGAGUUUGUGGCGGCGGGGACCAGGCUCCAGCUCACCGUCAGGGCAUUGGGGAUGGGUAAAGCUGCUGUCGCCGCCGCCGCCGUCGCUCCAGAUGAAUCGCUACAAGACUCUGCUGCUGCUGCUGCUGCUGCUGCUGCUGCUCGUCGCCGCACGUAA